AUGGGUUCACACAGCGUCACCGAUUCCGCCGCCUCUAGCAAGAAUGUGGCGACGGUUCCUGGAGUUGUCUCCAGCGUCCAAGAAGCUGAACGGAGUGCCGCCGUAAAACUUGGCGCCAUCUUGGCUUCAGGAUCGCACCCUUUCGACUUUACCGACGUGCAAAUGAAAACCCUGCAAACCGUCCUGGAAACCUAUCUACUCCCCGCCGACGACGAGGAGGAGUUUCAACGAGCUUUCUUGGCCGGGGGGAUAACGGGGAAGGGCGGAGCACCGACUUUGAGCGAAGCAGCUUCCGGUGACGUCGAAAAGUAUGCCACAGCACCGCCAAGCCAAUUCAUAUCAAUUCCAGACGCCCUCGAACUGCUGGGGUUGAUGGCCCGACCCGAUCAGAUCAACGCAAUACGGACUUUCCUGACAAUUUUGUCCACUCCCAUCUCGAGUUACAUAGUGACUGGAGUCUUUUCUUCGGUCCUCGAUAUGUCUGAAAAGGACCGGGUUCGGGUUUUGCGAAAUCUACGAACGAGCCGUCUGGGACCGCUCAGAAAUGUUGCGGAAUCCUUCAAAUCGUUGGCGAUGGUGACUGCCUAUGGGGUCCCGUUACGCGACGAAACUGGCAACGUCUCCCAUCCCUUGUGGAAAACGGUUGGUUAUCAGAGGCAUCCCAAGCUGGAACGGCCAUUGCCCGACGAUCUCUGGCGGCCAACCUUUGUUCAGCUUUUCCAAGACCAGGCAGCUGCGUUAACUGUAGCAGAGCCAGCGACCCUGCAUUGUGAUGUUGUGAUAGUUGGGUCGGGAGCUGGAGGAGGUUUAGUUGCGGCGGAGUUGACAAAGGAGGGAUACAACGUUAUCGUGCUGGAAAAAGGGCGAUACAACCACCCGACAGAGCUGUCCUAUGAGGAAGCCGAUUGCUAUAAGCAAUUAUACGAGGCCGCAGGCGGACUUUUGACGGAGGAUGGCGGUAUACGCAUUGCUGCAGGCAGCACGUUUGGCGGCGGCACGUUCGUCAACUGGAGUGCAUCGCUAAGACUCCCAUACAAAACUCGAGAGGAGUGGGCAAAAAAGUAUGAUUUGCCUUACUUCACCUCCGACGAGUACAACAAAUCCCUUGAUGCGGUCUGUUCCCGCCUUGGCGUGGGAACCGACGCUAUUCAACAUAAUAUCCCUAACAGUCUCCUAAUGAAAGGAUGCCAGAAGUUGGGCAUGCCAUGCGUUUCUAUUCCGCAAAAUACGGCCGGAAAACCACACACCUGCGGGUUUUGCGGUCUUGGGUGCCCAUACGGGGAGAAACAAGGAGCACAUGUAACGUAUCUGCGGGAUGCCGCAGAGACGGGAAAAGCUCGCUUCGUGGAAAACUGCGAAGUGGAAAAGAUACAGCAUCAUCGUGGACGCGCGACGGGAGUGGAAGGAAAGAUUACGGACCCGAACACGGGGCUUAGUCGGAAGAUCAUUGUCAAGGCGAAGAAGGUCGUCUCGAGCGCCGGUUCGAUCAACACGCCAGCACUCUUGCUUCGAUCGGGUUUCAGGAAUCCGAACAUCGGCAAGCAUCUUCGUUUGCACCCGGUUUCCUUUAUUUUCGGAGUAUUCCGAGACCGCACCGAGCCGGUGAACCCGUGGAGUGGAAGCAUUAUGACGGCUUUGUCGACUGCUGCCGAUGAUAUUCACGAGGAUGGCUACGGCGCGAAGCUCGAAAUCCCGACCAUGCAUCCCGCUCUGUUUGCUAUGUCGCUCCCGUUCUACUCACCGUCUCGACAUCGAGCAAUGAUGGCUAACUAUCAUUACACCGUGCCAAUUAUCGCCCUCUGCCGGGACAGCGAUUCAUCGACUGGAACAGUGACUGUCAACUCCCGUAAAGGCGCUGACGGCACGACAACAUACACCAGGCAUAUCACCUACAAUCUCGGGUCCAAGGAUCAACUCACCAUGGCUGCCGGUGUCGAAGCCGCACUCAAACUGCUCAUCGCGGCAGGAGCAACCCAAAUCUUCACCACCCAGCCUGGGUUGGACCCAUUCGACAUUCCUCGCGGCGGGGACGUCCUCAACACCCCGGAGUUUGCGGCGUAUAUCGAUUCCGUCCGGCGGUUCGGAUUCCAAUCCACAUGGACGCCAAUGAUAUGUGCACAUCAGAUGGGGUCGUGUAGAAUCGCAGGCGAUGCGCAUCGCGGCGCUUGCGACCCACAUGGACGGACGUGGGAGAUGAGAGAUUGCUACGUGGCUGAUGCUUCUCUGUUUCCGACUGCCAGUGGUGUCAACCCAAUGAUCACCACCUACAGUCUGGCCUACAUGGUUGCGCAAACCAUCAAGAAGGAUCUGCAAGAACUAUCACUUGUGUCGGCCACAAGCGCCAAGCUUUGAAUUUCUAAAUAACUUUUGCCAUCACUUCCUUGUUCGGACACCUUUUCUUGACCGCACUUUUGUACAUUCGUCCCCUUGUCGUAUAUAGUCCCAUGCAUACAUAGAUCACGCACUUUCUAUGUAGAUAGAUAUGUGUAGCUACCGUCACAUCGUACUCUCCAA